AAGAGAGACACUGCAAUGGCGAAAAUCGGCCCAAAAGUCAAAUAUCAAACAGCUCGGCUGCAGCUAUUAAAGUGUCUGUCCUCCGUUGACCUCAGGGACUCUGCUCCCCUCCCUCUCUCCACGCAGAUCCUCCUCUCCGCCCGCUGGUUCUGCUCAGUCUCAUGUGGCGCCAGUCGCUCAGGAACAGAGAGUCUUUUUCUCACCAGAUUUGCGGCGACUCCUUCACACACAAUGCUCCGAGCAGUGGCAGGGCGAGUCGGGAGCCUCCUGCUGCGGCGCUCCACGGCGGCUCCUGUCGGUGUGAGGAUGUCCAGCCAUCCACAAGAUGUGGUGGAGGCGACAGACAUGUCCAGGCCCAUGUACAGUGACCGUCUGGACACGCCCCUGCCCGACAGACCCUACAAAAUGGACCUGACCCCUGAACAGAUGACCCUGAAGCAGAAGGAGAAGGGGCCCUGGGGUCAACUCAGCAAGGAGGAGAAGAUUGCCUUGUACCGCCUCAAGUUCAACCAGACCUACGCUGAGAUGAAGCAGCCGUCGUCCGAGUGGAAGACGGUCAUGGGCUGCAUCUUCAUCUUCUUCGGCCUGACAGGUCUGGUGGUCUGGUGGCAGAGCAUCUACGUCUACCCUGCUCGGCCCAGGACCUUUGACAAGGAGUGGCAGGCCAAGCAGCUGAAGAGGAUGCUGGACAUGAGGGUGAACCCAGUCGAGGGCUUCUCUGCCAAGUGGGACUAUGAGAAGGGCAAGUGGAAGUGAAGUGAUGUGAAUCAAAUGGUGACCUCCACGUGCCUGAUGGCCGCCGUACCUACAUGAAUAAACACAGCCUUGGUGCUCA